AUAUAUAUACACAAAAGACGUGUUGCAAUGUCUCAUAUAUGACAAUACUGAGUGUUAGACAGAAAUGGGAAAUAGCAUAGGCAGAGGAAAGAAAGCAAAGAUAAUGAAGGUUGACGGCGAAACCUUCAAGUUAAAGACUCCGGCGAAGGCUAUGGACGUAGUCAAAGACUAUCCAGGGCACGUUUUGUUAGAUUCCGACGCUGUUAAGCAUUUCGGGAUUCGUGCCAAGCCAUUGGAGCCUGAAAUGGAACUGAACCCCAAGAAAAUAUAUUUUCUAGUUGAAUUGCCAAAACUUCCUGAAGAGAAAGAGCCUAUCAGUAUUACAAGACGGGUCCGGUCAGGAAUUCACUUGAGUGCUAAAGAUAGGCUUGAGUUCUUGAUGUUGUCGAGAAGAUCAGUUUCUGACCUUUCUAUUGUUAGACCAUUACCGAGUCAAAUUCCUGACGACGGGCACAAUGGCUCCGGGCCGGUCAGAGUCAAAAUGAGGCUUCCUAAAGCCCAGAUGGAAAAAUUGGUAGAAGAAAGCAAAGAUGAAGUUGAGGUGGCUGAAAAGAUUGUUGAUCUUUUUAUGGAGAAUUCCGGUGACCGGAAUCGGCGGCAGUGGAAGCCAGAACUUGGUAGCAUAGGAGAGAACCUUAAGCCACGCGAGAAGCGAGUGAAUUUUGCACCAGAUGAUGGAGAAAUUCAAUUAGCUGUAGGCUCCCAUUGGCAAUGAUGAACAAGAAUAAAGCUUCAACAGAAGAAAACCAGAAUUCUUGGUUAUUUUUUGGUGCCUUUUGUAAUGCUAUGCAUGCAAUUUCCAUAUGUAUUAGUUAACAGAUGUAUAUAUUUAUAUCAGUAUGUAGCUAGCUAGUGGACAUCGAUGCAUGUGCUUUUUUUAACUAUUUACCUAGCUUAUUAAUUGCCUUCUCCAUUAAAUUUUUUCUGCA